AUGCUCUAUCCGUUAGUGGAAUCGUCACUUCCGGAAGAAGUUUUGAGAGCAUGGCAACGAACUUCAGCAGCAAGCGGAGCCAAGGAUUCAAAGUCACGUUUAACGCAGUUAAUGGAAUUUUUGGGAUCUGAAGUGGAAAAUGAGGAACGUAUCCGAAUGGCGAUAGCAGGAUUCUCACUGGGAGGAACUGAAAAAUCAAAACGUCAUAGGAACAAAGAUGACUCACCACACGAUGUACCUACGGCAAUGGAGCUAUUAACAACACAGAAGAUUAUAGAAUGUAUGUUUUGCAAGAACAACAAUCACAAUAGUAAGGAUUGCUAUAAGGCAAAAAAGAUGUCUCUGUCUGAACGCCGCGAAAUUGCAAAAGAAGCGAACUCUUGUUUUAAUUGUCUGAAACAGGGACAUUCCUAUAGACGCUGUAAAUCAAAGAUAAAAUGUGCGUGGUGUAAUAGGAGACAUGUUCUGUUAAUGUGUCCCGGUCAAGGGAAAAGUGUAAACAGUGGUGAUAAUGGUGAUUCGAAAAACGAGGUUAGACAAGAGCAGAAUUUAGCAAGUUUCACCGGGGUUCCUGAAGUAUAUUUACAAACAUUAUGUGUAAAGUUGGUUAAUGGAAAUCGUGAAUGUACUAUUCGUGUAUUGUUUGAUAGUGGUUCCCAAUGUUCAUAUCUUACACGUGAAGCUAUUGAUAAAUUGAACUAUAGUCCUAUUAAAAAGCAGGAAUUGAUUCACACUUUGUUCGGAGGUGUAAAAUCGACACCCGAAAAACAUGGUGUGUACUUGAUACAUUUAAAAAGUUUAAGUGGGGAAUAUGCGUGUAAUUUUCAAGCAAUGGAUAAGGAAGUGAUAUGUGGUGACGUGGCGUUCGUGAAAUCAGCUGAAUGGAAAAAGGAACUCGAAAACAAUGGCGUGUUCUUGUCGGAUGUGGGAGAAGGAAAGAAAUCGAUUGAUCUGUUGAUUGGUGCAGAUGUCAUGGGAAAGUUAUUGACUGGCAGAAAAUAUGAUGUCGAAAAUGGUUUGAUGGCUCUGGAGACUAGACUUGGCUGGACUGUGAUGGGGAAAUGUAACACAGAAAUUUCCAGGUGUGACACAGUUUUAUUUAAUAAUGAUCUGCAAGUAGAUGAAGCAUCUGUUUCUAAUCUGUGGCAAUUGGAUGUUUUAGGGAUACAGGAUCCAUUACGAAGGAAAACUAGACAAAAGAGAGUAGCCGAGGUGGAACAAAAUUUUCGUGAGACCUUCACUGUUAAUAAUAAAAGCAGAUAUGAAGUAUCACUGCCCUGGAUACAAGAACAUGCACCUCUUGGAUCAAAUAUAGCGUUAUGUAUAAAAAGAUUAGAAAAUACUAUGAUGGAUUUAGAGAAACGUGGUUUAGUUGACGAAUAUGGAGAAAUUUUUCGGGAGUGGGAACGGGAGGGAAUUAUAGAAAAAGUGCCUGACAGUGAGUUAAAUAAUCCCUCUCAUUAUCUACCACAUCGACCGAUUGUGAGACCAAACAGUAUUUCGACAAGGAUUCGCUCAGUUUUUGACGCGGCAUCAAGAGAAAGAAAUUCACCAUCGAUUAACCAGUGUUUGGAUAAAGGUCCAAACCUUAUAGAACUGAUUCCAACUGUUAUCCUUGGAUUUCGAAAAGAAGAAGUGGGGGUGACUGCUGAUGUUAAGGCUGCUUUCUUGCAAAUUAGUGUGGCCCCUUCGGAUCGUGAUUAUUUACGGUUUUUGUGGCGUAGUGGGGAUAAAAUGAUAACAUAUCGAUACAAAAGAGAUGUAUUUGGACUGACAUGUAGCCCGUCUUUAUUGGUCGCUACGAUUAAAUUUCAUCUCGAGAAAGUUAUAAAAAACGAUAUUAAUGUAAAUAUAAGCGACAAGAUAUUAAUGAAAAUGAAUGACUGUUUUUAUUCGGACAACUGUGUAACAAGUGUAGAGUCACCGGAAGAUUUCGUUCAGUUUAAAAGUGAAGUGACGAGAAUUUUGGAAAUGGCAGGGUUUGAUCUUAGACGGUGGGAGUGCACGGGGGAUAACAACAAUAGUGGUGAGACAUCUGUCUUGGGACUAGUGUGGAAUAAAGUUGAAGACACAUUGUCAGUUAAUCUCGCGAGUAUUCCAUCGAAUUUAGAGUGUCAUACCAUAACAAAAAGGUUUAUAUUAUCUGUUGCACAAAGAGUUUUUGACCCUAUUGGUUUUAGAUGCCCGGUCAUGUUAUAUCCGAAACUGUUGUUACAAAAAAUAUGGAAAGAGAACGUAGAAUGGGACAGUGUAUUAGAAGGAAAAAUUAAAUCGGAAUUUCAGGCUUGGAUAAAAAGUUUAAAUCACCUUAAAGAUUUGAAAAUUCCAAGAAAGUUAAGUGCGGUUCGGGAAAAUAGUGAAACGAGUUUUCAGGUUUUUGCUGAUGCUAGUGGACACGCAUAUGCAGCAGUGGUGUUUAUUAGGACAGAAUACGCGGAAAAAACAGAGGUCCAGCUAAUUGGUGCAAAAUCACGAGUAGUGCCAACAAAAGAAAUAACGAUACCUCGACUUGAACUAUUGGCAGCAACAAUUGCAGCGAGACUAGCUAAAUCAUUGAUUAACGCACUUAAUUUUGAAAAUCCGGAAAUAAUAUACUGGUCUGACUCUAGUGCAGUGAUAACAUGGAUAAAUCAGGAAGCUCAGUGGAGUACAUUUGUAUACAACCGGGUGCAGGAGAUUAGACAGCUGACUGCAGGAGCGAAAUGGAGACACGUCCCUGGUACUCAGAAUCCGGCAGAUCUACCGUCUAGAGGCUGUAAAGCAUCACAACUGCUUGCUUCGAGAUGGUGA